CUAAUUGGUUCUCGCCUCAAUCGCCUAUUUAAAUAUGCAAAAGUAAACGAGAUAUGUGAGAGAUAGGCAGUGUUCAGACGGCGCGCUACACUUUGAUGACAUUCAGCUUAAAUAACGUAAAUACCAAACGUACGUUUAUAAAAAUAAAGGCAUGUGUGUGUCCAUAUGUAGGCAGCUCACUUGAGUCGUCGGUAAUUGGCCUAAUCAAGCUGUAAACUCAGUUGCGCAUGCGAAGAUGAUUCUUCUGAGGAUAUUCUUGGCUAUAUCCUUUAUAACGUUACUUCUGUUUAUUUUUGUAACAUUUUACAAUGGAAACUGCACUAUAAAGGCACUCUCGCGCAAUAACAGAAAGAAGUCUGAUAACUCUGCUGCCCUUCUCCUAAGACAAUAUGAUUCCUUAUGUGUGGAGGAAGGCAAUGUCGCAUAUUCUUUGCAGAGAGUUGAGGAGCCUGACUCAACCAACAGUUCAGCUGUGACUGACUCAGGAGCAGCAAACACUACAAUGAGCCCUGACCGUCUUGGGACUCAAUUAACCCUUGUGGCCCCUGGGGACAAGCACAACUUUACUGCUCUGCCCCAGUGGAAAUUUGAUGAUAUAUAUCGGUUGGAUCCACAGUUUAAACCGAGUGAAUGCAUGGUGUCCUUGCGAAAUUCCUCUAAUCCUGUGUAUAAGGAGAAGUUUAUUCCAAACAUUCAGCUGUUUUUACAAAGUGAUCAUGUCAACAUGAGUGAGUGGAACCGGCUUUAUCACUUCAACAACCCCUUUGGCUAUAUGGGAUUCAAUUACACAGCCAUAAAAACAGCUGUUGACACCAUCCCUAAACUUGCAUCUACCCAGUUACUACAAGUACCCACAAGAGCGAAGGAUGGCUGUAUUCGCUGUGCUGUUGUUGCGACUUGUGGCAUUCUCAAUGGCUCCAGGCUAGGAAAGGAGAUUGACUCUUCUGAUUAUGUAUUCAGGGUGAAUGCAGCCAUUAUAGCAGGACACGAGGAGGAUGUUGGGAAAAGGACGUCCGUUUAUGUGCACACAGCACAUUCCUUAAUCCAGUCCCUCAUGUUACACAAAAAGAGAGGUUUCAAACAGAUUCCUACUGACAAGGAUAUUAAAUAUGGUCUAAUCCCUGAGGGUCUAAGAGACUACAACUUUCUUGAGUCCCUUAUGAAGAAUAGAAAAAUACCCUCAGGAGCAUAUCGUGGACGAACGCCAAGGAAUUAUUACAGCGGGCAUUUUAAAGAAAGUUCUUACUACAUCCUCCAUCCAGACUUUCUCAGAUAUGUGCGUAACAGGUUUCUUUGGGGAAAACAAUUAAAAACAAAAAGAUGGUGGCUGGUCAGGCCCACUAAUGGAGCAUUUACUCUUCUGCUGGCUAUGCACACAUGUGACAUUGUGAGAGUCUAUGGUUUUAGCACUGCUGACUAUCGGAAAUAUCCAAACUACUACUAUGACACCAAACAUACUAAACUAGUGUUUUUUGCUAAUCAUGAUUAUCGUUUGGAGAUGAAAACCUGGAAGGAAUUUCACGAUGACAAAUUUAUCUGGAUGUAUUUAGGAAAAUCUGAUAUCUAAAUGAAUCUGUUUCUCUUGCAAGAAAUUCAUCAUCUUUGAA